GACCGCAUAUUUUGCAAAUCGAGAAACAGCGACUCCAUUCAUUGUGGACAAACAUUGUGAGUAUUUUUGUUGCAGCACGGAUUGUAUUUAUCAUCUUUUACAGGAAAUGCGCAACCCACGAACGCCAACCAAUCUAUUUACACGAGUUGAAACUCUCUCCUCCACCUGCAAAUAACGCUACUAUUCUCUCUUUCCACGCACAAAGUGUUCGUUUUCCUCUUUCAAAUGUCAUUCCUCCUCCGUGUCUUCUUGGUCGCCAUCUUUGUCGUCGCUCACGAUAUCCUCGUUAUCCUCUUUACCGACCUCUUUACGAAGCGUUCUCCAAUGACUGCCGAGUAGCUUGUGGUCCACACCUCUGAGCUUGUUAAAGAUCUCCGCGAUUUUGAGCCAGUUUGUGCCAUGCUCUGCGACGAGGGAUUUGAUGAGAUCGUCCUCGUCCUUUGUCCAAGAGCGAUUUGGUGCCCUCUGUGUUCAACAAGAGUUUUUGAGAGAAGGUCAAAAGGAACAAGGCAAGUGUCGACAUGGUUGUUACCUUUUUCUUUUGGGGGCCAUUUUCUUCGGCUGCACCGCUGUUUGUGGGCGGGUUGAUUUUGCGUUUUGCCAUGGCAGGGACAAUGGUAAGUUAAAAACAAUGUUUGGGACUUGAUGAAAGCAAUGCUUGACUUUGCAGAUGAAGCGAACGAUGGAAAGGGUAAGCUAUAGAUAGCUGGGCAAUGCACAAAUGUGAAAUCAAGCUUAUUGAGCCAAGUCACGUUCUGACAACUGCUGCCCAAAAAGACUGCCCGCCCCGGUCGGGAAGCUACACACUAGUCAACUGAGUCACAUUUGGCAAAAGAAGCUUUUACCACUCUUUUGCACAGAUGAAUACAUGUUAGGGACAUGGUGUCUGGAUGAGGCUACACAUCUCGUGCGCUUCUGAUGAGGAUCGCAUUGAAAAGAUGGGAAUGAAACCAAAACGCACGAGCAUCGUUUUCCAUACGUCUUUGCCCAAUCCUCCUUCCUCAACAUGCAUCAGACUGUUCAAGCUUCGGGCGAUGAUUACGCUAAUCAUUGCAUAAGCAUAUUACCAUAUUUUGUCCGAAAGAUAAACGAGGAAAACACGGCCCGAGUGUUGCCAUGGUAAUAAACCAAUAUCGGAUAAAAUCGGAUGUUAUUAUGUAAAUAGAGCCAAUGAAUGGAAUGAGUGGCGAGGGUCACGGAAAAAAAAACAGGUAUUUGAAGCAGCCAACGUAUUUCAAGCCUUUUCUUCCUUUCACCUUCCAAACUCUUCCCUCCUCCUUUCCCCAUCAGAAACCAAACGCAAUGGCUGAGAAGAAGAACGACACCAAGUCCUUUGCCAUCGAUUUCCUCAUGGGUGGUGUGUCCGCCGCUGUCUCCAAGACGGCUGCUGCCCCCAUUGAGCGUGUCAAGCUUCUCAUCCAGAACCAGGAUGAGAUGAUCAAGCAGGGCCGCUUGUCUUCCCCCUACAAGGGUAUCGGUGACUGCUUCUCCCGUGUCAUCAAGGAGGAGGGUACUGGUUCAUUGUGGCGUGGAAACUUGGCCAACGUUAUCCGGUACUUCCCUACCCAGGCCUUGAACUUUGCGUUCAAGGACUACUUCAAGAGGAUGUUCGGUUUCAAGAAGGACAAGGACGGUUACUGGAAGUGGUUCGCUGGUAACCUUGCCUCUGGUGGUAUGGCCGGUGCCUCCUCCCUCUUCUUCGUGUACUCGCUCGACUACGCGCGUACCCGUUUGGCCAACGACAACAAGUCUGCCAAGAAGGGUGGUGAGCGUCAAUUCAACGGUCUCAUUGACGUCUACCGCAAGACCCUCGCCACCGACGGUGUUGCUGGUCUCUACCGUGGUUUCGUCAUCUCCUGCGUUGGUAUUGUCGUGUACCGUGGUCUCUACUUUGGUCUUUACGACUCUAUCAAGCCUGUUGUUCUCACUGGUAACCUCCAGAACAACUUCCUUGCUUCCUUCCUUCUUGGUUGGGGUAUCACCAUCGGUGCUGGUCUUGCAUCGUACCCCAUCGACACUGUCCGUCGUCGUAUGAUGAUGACAUCUGGUGCUGCCGUCAAGUACCGCAGCUCUGCUCACGCCUUUGCUGAGAUUGUCAAGAACGAGGGUACCAAGUCCUUGUUCAAGGGUGCUGGUGCUAACAUUCUUCGUGCCGUCGCUGGUGCUGGUGUGCUCUCUGGUUACGACCAGCUUCAGAUCCUCUUGUUCGGAAAGAGCUACGGAUCUGGCUCUGGUUAAGCGGAGGAGCGGGAGAGAGUGAGAUAGGAUAAUUUAGCAUUGCGCUUGUUUAGGCCCCAUUUAGAAAUACACGUUUAACACAUUAUAUACCUAGUUGAUAUCUAACACGACAGAUGGGCAGGCAUCUCAUACGACUUGGCCAAAGGCAAAAGUUGGGUAUUUAAAAACAAGACGAGCAUAUUUCCCCAA